AUGUUCCCGACAAUCUGGUUUCCGCACCGUCAUGUGCGCCGGCUAACUUGUACUCUCCUCGUUUCAUCGAAAUCCAUCCUUCACAGCUUCUCUAAAGGGUUAAUUUUCCCGGCGCGCGGAUUUAGCGCUUCUGAUGGACCCACGGCCGUUAGAUCGGUCCCUGCUGGUUUGGCGGCAGCUAGAUCAACGGCUGCGAUUGGCGGAGGGGAUAGCGGGAAGAACGGCGGAGGAUCGGUUGCGCGAGCGUCGGUGCCGGUGGUGAUUGUGGGCGCGGGGCCGGUGGGGCUCUCCCUUUCCAUCAUGCUCUCGCGUUUAGGCGUUCGGAACGUGGUGGUGGAGAGGGAGAAUGGGCUGCAGCAGCAUCCCGCAGCGCAUCUUAUUAACAACAGAACCAUGGAGAUUUUUCGCCUCAUGGGCCCUCUUUACAAUCACAUCACGAGUCAGCAGCCCCCUUUAGAGGAGUGGCGGUCGUUUGUGCACUGCACGCACAUGCUGGGGCGGGAGCUGGGAAAGCAGGAUCACUUCGAAGGGCAGGAAG